CACCUCCAUGCUCUCUCCCCUCCGCACCUCCCUGCGCCUUCCCCCCCCUGUCCUCCGGUGUAGUCGUCUUCGCCUCUCCCCUCUUUUCUCCCUUUCUUCUUCUCCUUCUUUCUCCCUCCCUCUUCCUCUUUCACCCUCUCCCCUCUAUACCCCCACCGUCUCUUCCACACCUCCCCCACCACAAUGUCCUCCAACGUGUCCGUGCAGCUGACGGCCCCCAACGGCCGCCAGUACACCCAGCCCAUUGGUCUGUUCAUCAACAACGAGUUUGUCCCCUCGAAAUCCGGCGAGAAGUUCGCCACCAUCAACCCUUCGGACGAGUCGGAGAUCACCUCCGUCUAUGCCGCCGGCGAGGAGGAUGUCGACAUUGCCGUCAAGGCCGCUCGCAAGGCCCUGAACGACCCCUCAUGGAAGCUGCUCCCCCCCACGGAGCGGGGCCAGCUGAUGCUGAAGCUGGCCGAUCUGGUCGAGCAGCACAAGGAAACCCUGGCCACCGUGGAGACCUGGGACAAUGGCAAGCCGUACUCGGUCUCGUUGAGCGAUGACCUGGGCGAGGUGGUCAACUGCCUCCGGUACUAUGCCGGAUGGGCCGACAAGGUCCACGGCCAGACCAUCAGCACCACACCGGCCAAGUUCGCCUACACCCUCCGCCAGCCCAUUGGCGUGGUGGGCCAGAUCAUCCCGUGGAACUUCCCGCUGGACAUGGCGGCCUGGAAGCUGGGCCCGGCCCUGGCGUGCGGCAACACCAUUGUCAUGAAGCCCGCAGAGCAGACCCCGCUCAGCAUCCUCGUCCUGGCCUCCCUCAUCAAGGAGGCGGGCUUCCCGCCCGGUGUGAUCAACAUUCUGAACGGCCACGGACGGGUCGCCGGACGGGCGCUGGUGACCCACCCGGGCGUGGACAAGGUGGCGUUCACCGGAUCCACCAUGACGGGCCGGGAGAUCAUGAAGAUGGCGGCGGGCACGCUGAAGAACAUCACGCUGGAGACCGGCGGCAAGUCCCCUCUGGUGGUCUUCCAGGAUGCCGAUCUUGAGCAGGCGGCCAAGUGGGCGCACGUGGGCAUCAUGUACAACCAAGGACAGGUGUGCACCGCCACGUCGCGGAUCCUGGUCCACGAGUCCGUCUAUGACCGGUUUGUGGCUCUCUUCAAGGAGGUGGUGGCUUCCACCAGCAAGGUGGGCGACCCAUUCGCGGACGACACCUUCCAGGGACCCCAGGUCACCAAGGCGCAGUACGAGCGCGUCCUCUCCUAUAUCGAGGCCGGCAAGUCCGAGGGCGCGACGCUGGCGGCGGGUGGCGAGCCGUUCAAGAAUGUGGGCGACGGCAAGGGAUUCUUCAUCGCGCCCACGAUCUUCACGAACGUCAAGGACAACAUGCGCAUCUACCGGGAGGAGGUGUUCGGCCCCUUCGUGGUGAUUGCCAGCUUCUCGACGGAAGAGGAGGCCGUGACGCGGGCCAACGACACGACGUACGGGCUGGGCGCGGCGCUGUUCACGCGCGACAUCGAGCGCGCGCACCGGGUCGCGUCCAACAUCGAGGCGGGCAUGGUCUGGAUCAACAGCAGCAACGACAGCGAUUUCCGGGUGCCCUUCGGCGGCGUGAAGCAGAGUGGGAUUGGGCGCGAACUGGGCGAGGCCGGCUUGGAGGCGUACUCGCAGGUCAAGGCGAUCCAUGUCAACAUGGGGACCAAGCUGUAGGCGACAGAGUUUGCGGUGCGAGCGAAUGGAUUGCAACCGUGGGCCGUGAGACGUGUCGUGGUAGGACGAAGACCUCUGAUGAACUGCCGGCGGGAGAUGGCAAUGUGGCCCCGCGACAUUGGCUGCAUGUUGUGUACCCGGAUGACAGGCAUCAAGUUGGUGCGUUGUAGCGAUUGAGUCGGGUUCUGCACCUGAUCCGAUGAUUUGAUUGUAUAUAAUAAGGCAGCGGUGGUAGCAGAUCGGCCAGGCUGGAGUACUUAUACCCGAUUUUCACAAAAUGGCUCACCUAAGUUACUCUACCUACCUGGGUAGUAU